GCCACCUGGUGGAGGUGGAGCUCAUGCUGAAUCAGGUGCAGAACCAGGCCCGCGCGCUGUCGCAGGGCGCCCGCCUGCUCGCGGAGGGCCCCGGCGCCCUGCAGGGCGCCUCGCGGGCGGACCCGCUGGCGGGCGUGCGCUCGCUGGCGGAG